AUGUCUUUCCUUCCUUCGAUCCGCAUGAGCUCCAGUCGGCUCGUCCAAUCCACUUAUGCUAUCCCCGCAACCUCAGCACUGCACACAACAGCUGUGCGAAGGGGUUUGAAAGAGAACGAUAAGAACCGUGACGAGCUCGCCCAGCACUACGAAUCUGAAAAGCAUGCUCAUCUGAAGAGAGCCAAGGAGGGCACUGGAAAGUGGGCAGAAAACCUGGCGAGUAACAGUGAAGCUCACGUCAAAGCUGAUCGAGGUGAUCUGGACACUGAGAGCAAGGACUUCCAAAAAAUGGAGGAACAAGUAAGGAAGAACAAAGCGGGUGGAAAGUCUCCUUAA